UGAGAUACCCUUUGAUUCAAUGGGAUUGGCGGCUGGAAGGCAGCUUCAAGGCCUAAUUUAGGGUGGGGAAUGAUUGCAGAGCGCGCUCGCGAGAGAGACGCAUACUGUGUCGCGGCUCCGAGCGGUCACCUUUCACCCGCCAAUCCUGUUGAAUCAAAGAUCGGCUUUUUUGCAUUUAUAAGAAAAUGUCUGCUCCUGUGGCUCAAAGCACGGUCAACAUCAUCAAGUGCGAAUGUCGAGAUCAAGUCCUCAAACGUGUGGUUGUGUUCAACGACCGAGCCGAGGUGAAGCGUCUCGUUGAGUGCAAGCUGGAACCAGGCUUGAAUGAAGUGCACAUCGAGAACGUGACCCAACGUAUCCUUGACGAUUCGGUUCGAGUAGAUGGACAUGGUGAUGGUGUCAUUCACGAAGUUCAACUUCGCGAUAAGCCUGCUGUUCAGGAGGAGACGGACUCUCCAAAGCUCGCUGCGCUUCGAGCGAAGUCUGGCGAGAAAUCGAAGGAAGUGCAUUCACUUGAAGACCGUCAAAGCAUUUUGGAAAGGAGAGUGGAAGUGCUGGAUGAAAUUGUUGGGGAGAUUGGUAAAAAUGUGGCCAAGCCUCCAGAAAAGCGCAAUGUUGACCAAAAUCUGGAGAAAGCAAAACGAGAACUGAGCGCUUUGAAAGCAGAGUUGCGGGUUGCAAAAGCAGAAAACUCAGCAUAUCAUUACAGCAAGUCAAUCAUUAUUACCCUUGAAAGCGAAAAAGGUGGUCACGUGAAACUGGAAGUCAGCUAUCAAGUGCAUGGUGCCAGUUGGAGUCCCUCUUACGAUAUUCGUGUGGACACUACCGGGAAACAACCGUCGCUUAGGAUAACGUACUCUGGCAAAAUUUCUCAGACGACUAGAGAAGAUUGGUUGGACGCAUUAUUGGUGCUCUCUACGGCUCAGCCAUGUCUGGGUGGAAAUAUCCCGGAACUGGCAGUUCUUGAAGCAAUUUUGUAUCGCCCUCCUCCCCCUCCUGUUCCUGCUCCUACUGAUCUUGGGCGAGGAGGAGUUAGGCGAAGUAGGAUGCUACUAAAGAGUUUCAGCGCUGCACCACGCAGAACGUCUUCUUCCAGCGCUGAGGAGGAAUGUGGAGCAUCUUUAGAUAUGGCUGCUAUGGCACCUAGAAUGGCAGAGGUGGCACCGACAGGACAGCAUGCUUUGAGCACAGAGUUUGUGAUAGCUAAACCAGCUGCCAUUCCCUCGGAUGGAGCGGAGCAUAAGGUAACCAUUGGAAUUGUUGACCUAUCUCCGCAAAUGGUUCACCAAUGCGUGCCAUCGAAAAAUGCAAGCGCUUUUCUGACUGCAUUGGCAGUCAACAAUUCAAAACUUCCCUUUUUGCCUGGUGAUGCGACAGUUUACUUAAACAACAAUUUUGUAUCAAAGACGUCUCUAAAGAGUGUGUCUCCUGGAGAGAACUUCUUUUGCUCACUUGGAGUUGACACAGCACUUCGGAUUGAGUACAAACCAGUCAAGAAGUAUCAUGAAGAGGUUGGAUAUAUCAACAAAAAUUCCUCAACGGUGUACGAGCAAGUGAUUGUUGUGAAAAACUCACGCAGCGAUGCAGCGCUAAUCACUGUCAAGCAACAAGUCCCCCGUAGCACUGAUGAGAAAAUCAAGGUACGCUUGAUCAACCCCACGGUAUCAACGUCCGAGGAAACGAGUAACUCAGAUUUGACAGCAGCAGCAGAGCUCCCAAAGAAAGGUGCAAAAAUGAAGGGAGGCAUAUUGGAGUGGACAGUUUCGGUACCGAGUGGGAUAGCCAACGAAUUGCAUGUGAAAUGGGCUGUGGAACAUCCCGUAGGGGAAACGGUUGAAUUCGUUGAACGCCAGUGAAGAUAGUAUCUUUGUUUCUCAGUCCAUUAAGUGGAGUACUAUCAAUAUCUUUCCCUUCUGAAGUAUUCAUACAUUAAAUUUGUGAUAUUUCAUAAUUGUCAGUCAUUUCAUACAUAAAAUUACAG